GGCGACCAAUACCGGAAGUAGGGAAAACUUUGUUCCGUUAGAAGCAAAGUGCAAUGGCGGAGACAAAGAGCAGCCAGUCUUGCAGUGUACCUUUUUGUUCUAAUUCGAAAAAGAAACAGCCGUAUUUGUCGUUUCAUAGCUUUCCAAGCGAUGAAAGUAUUAAGAGGCGUUGGCUUUGCGCUAUUCGGAGAGAUGAGGGGGUGGAAUUUACUGUGAGGAAGGGCAGCAGUUUUGUGUGCGCGAUGCAUUUCACGGAGGAUGAAGUUCGCGUCCAUCCACAGUCCGGCCGUAAAUUUCUUACACCACAGGCGGUGCCUUCCCGGUUUUCAUGGAACAACUGGGGAGAAGUUAAAUCACACCAGACCAGGACGGCAGAAAGUACAGUCUGUUAUAAGCAGGAGGAGGAACCCGUUGAAAUGGAGUGUGUUGAUGUGGCGCUGCCUGGGCAGGAGCACGAUUACAACAGCCGCCCUCCUCCGGGUGCUCUUGAUGAGGCACUGGAGAAAAUAAAGGAGCUGGAGGAACUGGUCGCAAGCCUUACCAUUUCUCGAGCGCUGCUAGAUAGAUGGUGCGUGUCUGAUGAAGACUUCAAGUACUUCACGAGGUUUCCAAACAAAAACAUCUUUUUUGUUUUUUGGAGAUCUGUUGAGCCAUCUGCAUCCAAUAUUGAGUACUGGUCCAAAGCCGAAAAGAUUGGAAAUUCAACUGCAGAGAAGGAGGUUGUGAUACCAAGCCCUAAGCGCAAGAUGCAGCUCAUUGAUGAGUUUUUCAUGUUUUGUCUGUGUGUUGCUGUUGGUCUUAAAGAGAGAGUUUUGGCUGAGAUAUUUCAAGUGAGCACUUCUACAGUGAAUCGCAUUGUAAUAACAUGGUCAAACUAUUUAUCCUUUGUGUUGGGAUCAAUUCAAAUCUGGAUGACUAAAGAGCAGGUGCGAUGGACAAUGCCUGUGAAAUUUCAGCGGGACUGCCCAAAUGUGAGGGUCAUUAUUGACUGCACAGAAUUAAGAUGUGAGUGCCCAGAGGCAAUUACCCUCCACUCUGAAACAUUCUCAGCCUACAAGCCCCAUACCACCUUCAAGGGUUUAAUUGGGGUGGCACCCUGUGGUGCAAUCACAUUUAUAUCAAAGCUGUUCGCUAGCUCCAUUUCAAACAAGGAGUUGACAAAGCAGUCAGGAAUCUUGGGCUUACUGGAACCAGGUGACGAGGUGAUUGCAGAUAAAGGUUUCCUCAUUCAGAAGUUGUUGGAGGAUGUUAAGGCAAAAUUAAUCAUCCCCCCUUUCAAGCACUGUGAUCAGUUUAGCAGUGCAGAAACUGAGAGAAUCCAGGCCAUUGCCAGCCUCAGCAUACUUGUUGAACGUGCAAUCAGACGAGUUAAAGAGUACCACAUUUGGGAUUCCCCUGUUCCACUCACUUUAGCAGACACUGUCAAUCAGAUGUGGUCUUGUUGUUGCAUGAUGGCAAAUUAUCAGGGACCUUUAGAUCUUAAAAUAUUGGAAAGAUAAAAUAUUGGAAAGAGCGAAAACGAUUGCUUCAUCCCAAUUCGCAGACUUCUACUACGCCGUAAAAGUAUGUACUUUUUUGUGUGAAGGAAAAAUAUAUAAUUUUGAGUGUGUAACAGAAUAAAAUGCGAGCUUUGGGAUAUACUACUACCUCGUUAACAGAUCGUGGUUUUGCUUAGUUAUGAGCCCUGUGUCAAUCAUCCACACAUCAUCCACAUUUCUUUCACAUUUAAUUUCCUACCUUAUUGGAGAAGCAGCCAUUAAAAUAUUUGGAAUUUAAAUAUUUUCACCACUAGAUAUUAAUUAACAGUCAUACAAACAUCUUUACCGAAGCUUCUCUACCCAUUUUUUGGUCUCUCGCAUCCACCAUGUUUGUAGUUAAUUUACACUUUUCAACCACGUUUGUAGUUCCAAUCAAAUUCACAUCCAGUGCACAACAUCAGCGGUUAAAGUAUGAACGAUUCUACACUUAAAUUUUUACCCGAAGUAGUAAACCUUCUAGAAAAUUUUGGCUUACUCUUCAACAUACUAAGAUUUGGGACUAAUACUAAUUCUAUGUUCAAAUACUAUUUAGGACGGAUAGUAUGCGAAUUGGGAUGCAGCAUCAGUAAUAUCAACCGCCAACACCUCCUUCUGCUCACCAGCCAGUAACAUCGGCCUCCAGCACCUCCAACAGACAGGACUUUCUAUAUAAUAUUUGUACAAAAUUUAUACUAAAAUCAAAGAGAUACAGGUUCAUGAAUACCUCCUCAUGUACAGUAGAGGUGAAUAAGUUGGCAGAAAAGCUGACUUAAACUUGCUCAGAGAAAUGCUGUUGCUGUCAAACGUUUACUUGACUGAGUCAGAUUAAUGGCGAAGGAAUUGAUCCAAUAGGCCUAUUGAUGGAAGGUUUUGUGAAUAAAUUUCUUGCCCUCUUGUAAAGUAUUUUGUGGUAUUUUCAAAAUACAGCAUUUUAUUUUGAUACA